AAUACACAGACCUAACAUAUAUUAGGGUUUUUAUUCCCUUUCUUUCUUUCCCUUGUCUGAAGUUUACUUGUUAGCUAAAUCCUGCAGUAACCAAAACUAUGAGUAGAGGUGGGAGCUACGGAGGCGGCCAAAGUUCCUUGGGCUACCUCUUUGGUGAUGAUGAGCAGCAAAGUGCACCAACUGUGGCACCACCUAUCCAGCCCCCAUAUGGGAUAGAUGUUACCGCAGAGAUGCCCCCAGCUCCCAAUAAAUCAAGUUCAAAGAACCAGAAAGAGAAAAACUUCAGCAACACCAACAAUUACCAUAGGGCUCAAGGACAGAAUUCAGGGAACUUCAUAACUGAUCGCCCAUCAACAAAAGUUAAGUCGGUUCCUGGUGGAGAUUCAUCUCUGGGUUACCUGUUUGGUGAGAAGUAAUGCUUCCUCCUUUAUAAGUUUAAGUAUAUUGCCUGAUUGCCUGCAGUUCUCAAUAGUAUGUCUGCAGUAGUACUGCUGGCUAAAUAAUGGAUUCAGUUCCCCUAUCAGUGUUGAACUUGCAGUGCUUCGUCUACUACUAUAUUAGCAUGAUGUGGUAUUAAGCUUUUCAUAAAUUAAUCUGCCAGAGAAGUGGAUUUCAGUAAUGAAGCAUACAGGUAAAACAAUGUAUGGUUUUACUUUUACCAGAUUUGCAUAAUAAGCAGAAGUUCAAGUUCCUGCCAAUGCGUAUAAUAUACAUAUAAACCUUGAGCAGUGCACUAAGGAA